GGCUUUGAGUGGCUCAUUCUUCAACAUCGCUAUGGCGUCGAACGCUCCCAACGCUAAUAUCAUUAGGACCUGUUAUAAUUGUGGCGAUCCAGGCCAUUUUGUCCGAUGGUGUCCACAUCCUCGUCCCUCUAAUCCUCAGACUGUGAUUGUCCCUGUCUCUAAUCCAUUCUCUCAAACGGCUAACUCGAACGCUGCCACGACGACCAACAAUGGACAGUACUCAAGAGGAUACAGUUGGCAGCAGACGAAGCAACGACUGGAAUACUUAGAGCAGGCGGUCAUCGAAAUGAAGAUUCGGCACGACGCGGAGAUCGAGAAAGAAAAGAAUCGGGCAGCAGAAGAGGAGAAAGCAAAAAAGGAGAAAGAAUAUGAGCAGAGAAGACAGCAGGAGAAGAAGAAUCAAGACGACUUUAGGAAGGAACUCACGGAUUCAGUACAACAACAGCUGGCCGACGUGGUCGAGCUGGUGCAAGGCAAGAACCAGGGCGCUAAGACCGAUGAAGAGGUGGAAGCUCUCAAGAAGGAGAUUGAACGGCUCAACAAUUGUAAAAGUACAGCGUCUACCAGUAAGGCGCAGCUACAUGAAAACAAUGAUGGAUUGAUCGCAAAAAUGUUUGCGGAACAAGAACGGAUGAAACUUUUGUUGGAGGAUGCACUGACGUCCAAGAAGCGCCUGGAGCUUAUUGAACAAGAGAUGAAGAAUGUUAAGGCGACAAUAGAUGAGGCGAGGGCAGAGGCUGACAGAUGGCAGGAGGAAGCACUCCGCCCAGGGAACAAGCAGGGUUGCGUCGCACACAACACACCGGUUCCAAGAACAUCAACAAGGCCACAAGCUAAUACCCCAGGACCUACGCCUGCUGUUGCUGACUAUAAAAACAUGAUGGAGAUGCAUCGCAUGGAAGUAGAGGCGGUGAAAGAGAUGAGAGCGAGUGAAGUCAACGCUCGAAAAGAGGCCGAACAAGAGUUGGACAUAGUCAAAGCAAAGGUACAAGCAUUGGAACGGGAGAAGGGUAAAGCACAGGCUACACCACGGUCACUAAGAGCAAGGAUGGAAGAAGCUGCGGUCGAUCGGAGUACGGAGAAGAACACACCUGCAGGCAGUACGUCGAAAUCUCUGGAGAAGGAGACUUCCAUUCAUGACAAUAGGAGCCUGAAGAUAUUGACGAAGGACGGACUAACAGCGAUCCGUGAGAAGGAAGGAGUGAAAUAUGUAGGUGUCAAACAGACGGUUGAAGACAUCAUUAAGCAUCGAGUGGAAGCGGCUUUUCCAACGGCCAGACCUGCUGUUGUCAAUGUCUCCGAAGACCUGGUUGGAGAUAAGGGGGCCGGGGAUGACACAUCCACUUCUUAGUGUCUCUCCCGGACAUGGCAUGUUUUUGGAACCUUGCUCGUGCUCUUUGUAAGUUAAGAAACGA